UUCUUCUCAAAUAUAUAAAUAGAAAAGCGCUUCGUUUUGAAAAACCCUAAACCCUGAAAGAAAGGACAGAACUUCAAGUAGCUCAAGCAAGAGGUAGCACAGCAAGGAAGAAAUGAACUAAAAAUACAUUUGAUUUUUCUUUUCCUUUUACUCUUAAUUUUUUUUCUUUUAAAGUGAUUUUGCAGGUUAAAACGCAAAGAAAAGCGGCGUUGCUUCCGAGCCGUGCAUCUCUUUUUCUGGAUUAAAAAGCUACGUUUUGUUUUUGUAAUUAAUAUAUAGUUUGUUUGUUUAUUUUUUUUUGUCUUGAGGGAGAAAUGUCUAUGGACGGGAGUUUUAGUCUUGAAUUGUCACUUCAGAGGUUUUUUGCUCGCUGUCCUAAGGUUGGGCGUGUUCGGCGCUUCCAGUCCCUUGUGGAAAAGGGAUGCCUGGUGACUGAAGAAGAAGUAGUGAGUUCUCUGGCAGAGUUACUUCUCCACCCUAAAUACACAAUUCCAUUGAUUGGGUGCUUUCGCCCAAUAGCACGAAGAGUGGUGGACAAAGCUGUGACUUUGCUAAGGCUUGUGCCUAGUUUGAGGUCAAAUUUAGGUGCUAGUGUUGCUGAAUCAGGAUAUCUUGAUGAUGAAGAAGUUAUUAAUGUUAUUGAGUUCCAUAUUCAACAUGGGAGGGGUUUGGAUCUUCAUGAGCUUGCUUGCCUAGCUUUCUGCCGUGCCCUUGAUUUGGCUCCUUUUUUGUUGGGGUCUGCAUUAAAUUACUUCAAAUUUGCUCCUCCUCCUUUUGAGCGCAUUUUGAUGAAAGGGAGUGAUUUAGAGCUAUCUGCAGAGGUUAUUACUCAUUACUUGCAUGUCGUGCGGACAUCUUAUCGCCUUCUGGUUGUGGAAACCAAUGUUUUCUCUAAAUAUUGGGAUUGGUCAUGUUUCUUGGACUUCGUAAGGGAGGUUGUAAAUCUUGAUCAAGGCAGUGAUAUCAGCUUUCAAAAGGAUAUCUCUGACAUAAGAUGGUGUGGCAUACGGAUUCUAUCUGUAAUCUUAAAUAUGAAUGACAAGGCAGUCUCAAAGUUUGGUGUUGGGGCCGAAGAAGCACAUUCUUGUUUUCUGCGAUGGGAGGAAUUCUGCCAAGAUAUAGCUAUUGAGAAAGCUGGUGCAUAUUUUGGAACCUUUGAACACAAUAAGUUGGAUUCUGAAAAUAUAGAACUUAGUUUCAGCCAAGAAAACUACCAGCAAUCUUGUGGCCUUUGUUCUUUUACAUCAUCACAAUUUCAUGAAAGUGAGCCACCUUUAAGAAAUCAGAGGCUGGUGGAGUGGGGUGAUAAGUCAGCUGGAAUACCUUUUGUCAUGACUUCUAGAUCAAAGCGAAGUUUUGAGAUGGUGCUCUUGGCCGUCAGCCAAAAAUGGCCUGUUCUUCUGUAUGGCCCUGCAGGUGCUGGGAAAUCUGCCCUUAUUAGCAAGAUGGCCUCUGAUAGUGGGAACCAUGUUCUUUCUAUUCACAUGGAUGAUCAAAUUGAUGGAAAAACAUUGGUUGGGAGUUAUGUUUGUACUGAGCAACCUGGUGAAUUUAGAUGGCAGCCUGGAUCACUUACUCAGGCUGUUCUGAAUGGAUUUUGGGUUGUAUUUGAGGAUAUUGACAAAGCACCGUCAGAUGUACUAUCUAUUAUAUUACCGUUGUUAGAAGGUUCAAGCUUAUUUAUAACUGGUUUCGGGGAGGAAAUUAGGGUGGCCGAGAGCUUCCGUUUAUUUUCAACUAUUUCUACUUCCAAAAGUGAUAUCUCUCACGGAAUAGAAGGUGGGAAUUUAAAUGGAGUCCUGUGGAGGAAAGUGAUGAUUGAGCCACCAAGUAAUCUUGACUUAGAAAAGAUAGUAGCAGCAUGGUAUCCAAAUUUGGAGCCUCUUGCUAAAAAGCUUGUAGAAACUUUUGAAGGGGUUAACUCCGUCUAUCUACACCAAUCUGUGGACUUCAAUCCUGGAAAAUCUGUUUCCUUAAGUUCACUCAGCAAGUUCUCAUUGAGGGAUCUACUCAAGUGGUGCAAGAGAAUUGCUGGAUUGGGUUAUAGUUUUACGUCUGAUGUUCUGCCAGCCUCUGAACGCUCUUGUAUUUAUCAGGAGGCUGUGGAAAUUUUUGCUAGCUUUUCUACAUCAGUUGGAAACAGGCUGGCUAUAAUGAAAGAGGUUGCAAAGAAGUGGGCGGUUUCAACUUAUCAGGCAGAGACGUUGUAUCCUCACGAUGAACCUAUAAUUAAGGAUUUGUUAUCUGAACUUAGGAUUGGACGAGUCACUCUUCAACGAACUGAAGCAACUUUAUAUGAUGAGAAGAGACCUUUUGUCAAGAUUCGUAGUUCUUUGCAUAUACUUGAGAGAAUAGCUUGCUCUGUUAAGUACAAUGAGCCUGUUCUAUUGGUUGGUGAAACUGGCACAGGGAAGACUACACUUGUGCAGAAUCUAGCUAUGAGGCUAGGGCAGAAACUUACUGUUCUGAACUUAAGUCAGCAAAGUGAUGUUGCUGAUCUAUUAGGAGGAUUCAAGCCUAUGGAUGCUCGGUCUAUUUGCAUUCCCCUAUACAAUGAAUUUAAAUUUCUUUUUUCAAGGGCAUUUUCUUUGAAGGGAAACGAUGAAUAUUUUGCUCGUUUGCAAGAGCUUUUGUGCAGUAAGAAUUGGGAGAAGUUACUUCGUAAACUUAAGAAUGGUGUUAAUUUAUUCAAAAAGUUAAUCGAAGAAGAGAGGUCUGGUUCAGCAAGAAAGCGGAAAAAACCUUUAGAUGUGGAAAAGAAAGUAAAAGCUUGGGAGGAUUUUUCUGCUAGACUUGAAACUGCUCACAGGCAGAUUGCUUCUUCUGGGAUGGUGUUCUCCUUUGUAGAAGGUGUCUUUGUGACUGCGCUUAGAAAUGGUCAGUGGGUUUUGCUUGAUGAGGUGAAUUUGGCUCCUCCUGAGAUUUUGCAGAGAGUUAUUGGCGUUCUUGAAGGCGAGAAUGGGUCACUUUGUUUAGCUGAAAGAGGUGAUGUCAGUAAUAUUAACCGGCAUCCUAAUUUUCGUGUAUUUGCUUGCAUGAAUCCUGCAACUGAUGCUGGGAAGCGGGAUUUGCCAUAUGCUUUACGGAGUAGAUUUACAGAAUACUUUGUUGAUGAUAUAUUGGAGGACCAAGAUUUGGACAUAUUUAUUCAAAAAUUUUUGGGUGACAGUGGAUCAGGUAGUGAUCUAGUAGAAAGAAUUAGGUGUCUUUAUAAAGUAGCCAAGAAGGAUUCUGAGGAAAGGCUGCAAGAUGGGGCCAAUCAAAAGCCACAAUACAGUUUAAGGUCUCUGUACAGGGCACUAGAAUUUACAAGGAAAGCAGAGAGAAAAUUUGGGUUUCAGAAUGCAAUUUAUGAUGGUUUCUAUAUGUUUUUUGUUAGUUUAUUGGAUAGGCCAAGUGCGAAGAAAAUGAAGGAAAGGAUUUUGCACUAUCUGUUAAGAGGAAGUAAACCUUCUUAUGUACCAUUUCAUCAGUACAUAAUGAUUAAAGAAAACUCCAGUUCUAAUGAAUUCUUGAAGAACUAUGUGCUGACUGAGACUAUUAAGAAGCAUCUAAGGAACUUGUCACGCGCUGUUUUUAUUAAAAGAUAUCCUGUUCUUUUACAAGGUCCAACUUCUAGUGGGAAGACUAGCCUUGUUCAGUAUCUUGCUACCAUCACUGGUCAUGAAUUUGUUAGGAUAAAUAAUCAUGAACACACUGAUCUGCAGGAGUAUUUAGGUACUUACAUAACCGAUGCCCAUGGGAAGCUUGUAUUUCAGGAGGGUGUGUUGGUUAAAGCAGUUCGAAAUGGUUACUGGAUUGUUUUGGAUGAGUUAAAUUUGGCUCCAACUGAUGUUCUAGAGGCACUAAACCGGUUGCUUGAUGAUAACAGGGAGCUCUUUGUGCCUGAACUGCGUGAAACAAUUCGAGCACAUCCAAAUUUCAUGCUAUUUGCGACUCAAAAUCCACCUACUUUAUAUGGUGGGCGUAAAAUGCUUUCUCGAGCAUUUCGCAAUCGGUUUGUGGAGAUUCAUGUUGAUGAAAUACCAGAAGAUGAAUUGAGCACAAUUUUGAAGCAAAGGUGUCAGAUACCUGAAAGCUAUGCCAAGAAAAUGGUUGAGGUUAUGAAGGAGUUGCAGCUGCAUCGCCAAAGCAGCAAAGUAUUUGCUGGAAAACAUGGAUUUAUAACUCCAAGGGACUUGUUCCGUUGGGCUGAUCGCUUCAGAAUUUCUGGGAUAUCUUAUGAAGAUUUGGCCAGGGAUGGAUAUCACCUUUUGGCUGAGAGGCUACGGGUUGAGGAUGAGAAACGCGUGGUCCAAGAAGUUUUGGAGAGACAUCUACGUGUCAAACUUGUCAAAGAUGACUUAUACAAAUCGGAGUUGCUUGGUGAGGAGCCUGUUCCGGAGAGUCUUGGGAAUGUUAUCUUAACUAAAAGCAUGAGAAGAUUGUACUUUCUUGUUAGACGUUGCUAUAAGUUCCGUGAGCCAGUGCUCCUUGUUGGUGAAACUGGUGGUGGGAAGACUACAGUGUGCCAGUUACUGAGUAUUGCCUUGGGGUUAAAUUUACACAUUUUGAAUUGUCACCAGUAUACUGAAACGUCUGAUUUUCUUGGGGGUUUCUAUCCAAUUCGAGAUAGAUCUAGGUUGUCCUCGGAAUACGAACUUGUCAUUGAACGAUUGAAGCCAUUGAAGGCCCUUAUUAAUUUUCCUGAAGAGUUGGAUAUUUCUUCAGAUAUUAAUCGUGCUUCAUCAACUCUUAAUCAGCUGAAUGUAAUUAGCAGCAAAUACAGACAAGGGCUUCUUUCAAAUUCUGGUGUUACUUUGCAAGAUAUUGAUAAUUUAGAGGAGGUUAAACAGGAGCUUGAUCAGCUUAAUCGUAAAUGGAAGACAAUUUUUAUGUGGCAAGAUGGGCCUCUUGUCCAGUCUAUGAAGUCUGGUGACUUAUUUCUUGUUGAUGAAAUUUCUUUGGCUGACGAUAGUGUGCUGGAAAGGUUGAAUAGUGUGUUGGAGCCCGAAAGGAAACUGUCUUUGGCUGAGAAAGGAGGAAACUUUCUAGAGAAUAUUACAGCUCAUGAAAACUUCUUAGUUCUUGCAACUAUGAAUCCUGGUGGUGACUAUGGUAAAAAGGAAUUAUCUCCUGCUCUUCGUAAUCGAUUUACUGAGAUAUGGGUUCCAUCUGUCAACGAUUUGAUCGAGCUUAAGAGUAUUGCUUUGAAUAGAUUAUCCCGCUUUGAACUGUCUUAUAUUGUAAGCCCUAUGGUCAACUUCUACGAGUGGUUUAAUCAAUUGCAAAUUGGGAGGUUCCUCACUGUCAGAGAUCUUCUAUCUUGGGUAGCAUUUGUUAAUGUGUCUAAAUUGGGACCAGAGCAUGCGUUUAUUCAUGGUGCCUUCCUUGUUUUGCUUGAUGGAUUAAGUUUAGGGACUGGUCUUUCUAAAAAGGAUUGUUGUAAAUUGAGGGAAAGAUGCUUGUCUUUUCUUUUAGAGCUGUUACAGCUGGACAAUAAGAAUUUUUUGUACUCAAAACUGUCAAAAAUGGAGAACUAUGGUUGGGGCGAUAUAGGAGCACCUACAGAAGUUAACACAGAUAGCAUGCUACACAAUGAUGUCUUUGGUAUUGAUCCCUUUUAUAUUGAAAAAGGUUCUGAAAAGAUUGAAGCACGUGGAUUUGAGUUUUUGGCACCUACUACACGGAAAAAUGCGUUACGAAUGUUGAGGGCCAUGCGACUUUCAAAGCCAGUUCUAUUGGAAGGUAGUCCAGGUGUUGGGAAGACAAGUUUGAUAGUUGCAUUAGGAAAAUUUUCGGGGCAUAAAGUUGUUCGCAUAAACUUAUCUGAGCAGACUGACAUGAUGGAUUUGCUGGGGUCUGACUUGCCUGUCGAGAGUGAUGAAGGAAUGAAGUUUUCUUGGUCUGAUGGAAUUUUAUUGCAGGCUUUGAAGGAGGGUUGUUGGGUUUUGCUGGAUGAACUUAAUCUUGCUCCACAAUCUGUCUUAGAGGGUUUAAAUGCAAUAUUGGAUCAUCGAGCUGAGGUUUUUAUUCCAGAACUUGGUCGUACUUUUAGUUGCCCGGCAUCUUUCCGAGUUUUCGCUUGUCAGAAUCCUUCUUCUCAAGGCGGUGGGAGGAAGGGGCUACCGAGGUCUUUUCUUAAUCGUUUCACUAAGGUAUAUAUUGAUGAGUUAGUUGAGGAGGACUACCUUUUCAUCUGCAGCUCACUUUAUCCAUCAAUUCCAUGUCCUGUACUUUCAAAUUUGAUCUCAUUUAAUAGACGGUUACAUGAGGAUACCAUGUUGCAUCACAAGUUUGCUCAGAAUGGAUCACCUUGGGAGUUUAAUCUGCGUGAUGUGCUUCGGUCAUGCCAAAUCCUACAAGGUACACCAGUUGGUAGCUUCAUCAAUCUUAUCUAUGUUCAAAGAAUGCGUACUGCAGCUGAUCGCAGACAAGUUAUGCAGCUGUAUGAACAGGUUUUUGGGGUUAAACCAUCUAUAAAUCCUUUCCCAAGAGUGCAGCUCAAUCCUGAUUACUUGAUUGUUGGGAGUGCUGCUAUUAAAAGAAAAUUUUCACAGCCAUUGAGUGAUUCUAGUCAGCUGAAAGUUCUGCCCAGUGUUCGUUGCAAUUUAGAAGCUGCUGCACAUUGUGUACAACGAGGAUGGUUGUGUAUCUUGAUAGGCCCACCAUCAUCUGGAAAAACUUCAUUGAUAAGGUUGCUGGCUGAGCUUACUGGCAAUGUACUACAUGAAUUAAAUCUGUCAUCAGCAACUGACAUUUCUGAACUGCUUGGAUGUUUUGAGCAAUAUAAUGCCCUUCGUGAUUUUCGCUUGGUUGUUGCUCAAGUUGGUCGUUUUGUUAAUGAGUAUAGCAGUAUGGUAUUGGAGACCUCAAUGAAGACAUUCUUACAUGACAGAAAGGAUUUAAUUGCCAGAUGGCUUGCUUUUUUAUCUGAUGUUAAUUCUGACUUAGUGCCAAGUUCUUUUAUGUGCUCUGAGAUUUCGGAUGGCUUUUACAAGUCUCUUUCUUCAUUGAUUGAAAUUAUUGAACAGCUGAAGUCCGAUUUAGGAAAAAAUGUUUUGCCAAUUUCAUGGGCAAGAGAGGACCUGGAAAGAACCAUGAAAACCAUAUUGAAAUUGCAAGAGCACAUGAAAAGGCCGUCUUCUGUUAAGUUCGAAUGGGUUACGGGAUUAUUGAUAAAGGCUAUAGAGAAUGGAGAAUGGAUUGUUCUUGAGAAUGCAAAUCUUUGUAAUCCUACGGUUCUUGAUAGAAUAAACUCUUUGGUGGAACCAGAUGGAACAAUUACUGUAAAUGAGUGCGGGUUUGUUGAUGGAAAACCUGUUGUUCUCCGCCCACACUCUAAUUUUCGAAUGUUUCUCACUGUAAACCCAAGCUUCGGUGAAGUAUCUCGAGCGAUGCGAAACAGAGGUGUUGAAAUAUUCAUGAUGGAUCCGUAUUGGAUUUUUGAGGAAGGAAGUGGAUAUAAUUCUGAGGAGCUAGAGAUGAAAGAUGUGCAGAGAUUUCUUGUUCUUGCAGGCAUUCCUGGCGUUAAGUUGGUUGACUCAAUGGCCAAAGCACAUGCCUAUGCUAGGAAUGAAGGUUUAUGUCUUAAUGUAUGCAUCACUUAUCUUGAGCUUGCACGGUGGGUUCAAUUAUUUCAGCACCUUCUCAUGAAUGGUAAUCAGCCGCUAUGGAGCCUCCAAAUAAGUUGGGAGCAUACCUAUCUUUCAUCUUUUGGCGAGGCUGAAGGGAUUAAUAUUGUCAAUCAUGCGAAGAAUGCUUAUUUGUCGGUGACUGAAUUGCAUGCAUCCAAUUCAUCACUGGAGUCUUCUCUUUGUUUACCUGGAGGGUGGCCAAUACCGUUAACUUUGAGAGAUUUUACAUGGUAUUCAAAAGGGGCCUUGGUCAAGCAGAAUUGCUCAUAUUUGGAGUUCUUGGGAGCACACUAUGCAUCACAUGAACUUGCUAUUGGUAUCUGUCCUGUUGAGGACAUGUUACAUAGGUUUGGAUGCAAGCGAACAUAUCUAUUGAACUCUAAGAUGUUACAUAGGACUCUCUAUCCUCAUGUUUCUAAAAGAUUGACUUCAGACUCUGAUGACAAAAAGGAAUUUAACUUAAAUGUUGUAGAUAAGAUGUUGUUGUUCGCUGCAAACUGGGUAAUUGAACAGGCAACAGAAGAUGAUUUUCAGCUGUAUCUUAAGUGGUUUAGCUGGUUUAGUUUUCAAUUGGAGCCAUAUGGUCAGUUUUUCGAAUCUUUUUUAACUUCACUUGAACAGGAAAGGAGGCAUCCGAUUUGGACCUAUAUAAUUCACUGUCGUCAAGAGCUUAUAUCACUUAAUCAAGUAAAUACAAACUUGCAUCCAACCACUAUGCUUUCUCUAGAAUUAUUUAAUUUAACUUCAUCAGAUCAUUUGUCAAAUUCAUCAAGUAAGCUCCUGUAUGAUGCUGUUCGCUGUGUGGGCCUACUCAGACUUAGUUAUCAACAAUGGAACACUGAAAGUAGGCAUAAAUACACAGAUGAGUCACAUUGUUUCAUACCUUUUCUGGAAGCUCUUCAUAGUUUGGAGGAGGAAGUCUUAAGAAUGCUUGUUGGGUCUACUUCUUUUGAUUUGUUAUAUGAUUUUUACACCAAUCUCCUUGAAGAUCAUAUACUGUUCUGGGAAGCUCUUAUCUCAUGGCAGCUUGAGGGCUUGCUGUUAUCUGGGCGUUCAUUAUUAAAAGAUGCUGAAAAGCUGAAGGAAUUUUGCCCUACUGCAGUUAAGAAUAUGCUGGAAACUAAGAAUCUUGCUGAACCUUUAUCGUUGCGUUUCGAUUGGGAGAGAUCACUGCUAUGGGUUCAUGGGGGUCACCCAAUACUGCCUCCAUCUCCCAAAUUGUAUUAUCAACAGCGUCAGCUUUUACAGUUUUGUGAGUUAGUUUGGCCAACAAAGGGAAAAUUAUGCACUAAGGCAAACGAGAUUCCUAUUGAGAUUGUUGUUUCUGUUGAUCCUGAACUUCGCUUCAUUGCAUUGGAAGGCAUUUGCAUGUCAUCCUUUAUUAUGGGUAAACGUGAUGAAGAUGAAAUCCAUGUUUCUCAUCAAAUGGGGGAGGUGUAUCAGAUGCUUUUGAAACGGUUUGAACAUGAGAAAUGCAAAUUGUUGAGCAAAUAUGGGACUGGUGAAGCUAUUUUUGGGGCAAACUCUACUGCAUGUGAUUUUGGUUCUGAAAUGUUGUGUUCAAGGUCUGGUUUUGACAGUUGGCUGGAUAUACAUCCGAUAGUUGACUGUGCUAGUUGUUUCCUAGAUAUGGAGCUACUUCAAGAGUUAUCAUUGCUCAUGUUUGUUGAUAGUGUGGACCUACAACGAAAGGGUUUAGUUGAUCUGUCUAGCCUUCUGGAUUCUAACCUGAAACAUUCCCUGACUUAUUCAACAAGGCCUCCGCAAUCUUUUGUACCACAUCAAAAGCUGUUAUGGUUAAUUGAUGCAUGGACAUCAGUGGAUGCAGUGCAUGCAAAAGUUUCUAGUUUUGUAUUAGAGAUGUGGUUUUGGUGGCAUUCAUUUCUGUGGAGCCAGUUCACUGAUCCUGUCAAGAAUUUCUCAGUAAUUGACGGUUAUGAUGUUCCGCUACCAAAUGCACUUUUUCAGCCUGUGAGAACAGCUAGCGUUGCCAAAAUAUUGCAAAGUACACAUGAUAUCAAGGACUUUUCUGUGCUUUCUAUGAAGCUUAAGGUUUCUUCAUGUGUUCUCUCUCAAAUUUCUUCCCCAAGGACGGAUAUAUGUAACUUUCUUUUUUCUGCUGCUCGCUCUCUUUUCCAACAGAUUAUUUAUUCACAUAAAAAAUCAUUUGAUGCUGAGAAGUUUGCUGCCAUCAAGUCUAUUCUCUGUUCAUCUUCUAACAGUGUGACGGACAAAAGUAUAGAGCUUGUGAGCUUGCUUAUUGCAUCAUCAAGUCAUCAAUGUCUGAAGUCGUUGAUCCCUUUACACAUUGAUCCACUACUCAAAGGACUAUAUCUUAAUGGCUCAUCUCCUGAAUCGUACUUGGAUCUUGGUAUUGCUUGGAUGCAUAUUGGAGGAUUACGUUUUCAACUCUUGCUUAGAUGUGAUAGUAUGGAUCCUGCCAAAAAAUAUUCAUGGAAAUUGUCCCAUUUAGAAGAAAAGAUUGUUUCUUCUAAACUUGAGAUGAAGGUGCGGCAAGAAUGCAAUUAUUUGGCCGGAUGGUCUUCAUCUAAAGAAACUGAUAGCAGGAUGUCCCAAGCAUUAGAAAAGCUUGAAAUUGAACGUAGGAAGCUGCUACGGAAGAUUGUUUUCCGCCCUGAUCCUGCAAAAUUCAAAGCACUGAGAAAAGAAUGUGAUGAGUUUCUUGUACUUGUUGAUUCUUCUACGAGUUUGGUCAAAAAUACUGAAGGCAUGGAGUUGCAACAGAUUGUUGACAAAGUGUGCAACUGGCAGGAGACAGCCAGCUGUUUCAUUGAUCGUUUGUCAAUUGAAUAUUCCGAGUAUAUUGAUGUAGCCCAGCCAAUUCAAGUGGCUGUAUAUGAAAUGAAGCUGGGCUUAUCACUUGUUCUGUCGAGUGUGUUGCAGAAAAAAUAUCUUGACAGAAUUCAGGAGGACAAUAUGGAUAGAGUAAUGGAGUCGAUCCACUCGUUUAUGAGGUUCCCAAGGGGCUGCCCAUCUGAGUUAGUUUCUGUCAAUGACAGGAGGCUGCCUAUGUUUUCUUCCCUUGACAUGCCUUGUAUUACAAAAUUCUCCGAAAGGGAGUUGAGCUUGUUGGAAAAGUUGGUUACCAUUUCCAGUGAUGUCAAAACUGAAAAAGGAUCUGUUUUGCAACUGAAAGCUGCUCUUUAUAAUAACGUUCUUAUUCGUAUUGCACAUUUGGUGGCUACUGCAAAGUUGAUGGAUGAUGCAUCUUUUAUGCUAUUGGACAAAAUCUUCUCUGGAUUUGCAACCAUUUGGAUGCGUAUGAAAAUUGAGGGGAAGAAUCAAGAAGACCUUCAUGGUCAAUCUUUUAAGUUCAGACCUCGGGCAUUUAGAAUUGAAAAUGUGAUGGAAGUGGAUAUAUCAGCUUUGGGCAAGUUGCUUUCAAGUGACAACUUCACCGAAUGGCAACAAUUGCUGUCUGAUGAAGAAUCCACUGAAAUAAUGGAAGAGGGAGAGAGAAAUGAAAAUUUACAGGAUGAAUGGAGCCUAAUGGAAGAAUCUAUUCUGAUUAACAUGAUCCAUAUACACAAUCAAUUGUUUGGGUCCAGUGAUCUUGUCCUUACUCCUGGAUCUUUUCAAAUCACUGAUGUGGACAGAUUGCAUUCCUUCUGUGGCUCUUACACUUUGGGAGUUGGAAUGAUCAAAGGUUUUGGAGGUCUAUUUUCUUCCACUUUGGAUGCCAAACUUGUGCCGGAGCAUCUACUUCGACUCUGGUGGGAGUAUGAGGAGAAGUUUCCUUCAUCUCAUAAAGCAGCUUGCAAAUACAAUUUUUACAAGGAUUCAAAUACUUACGUAAUGGCCAAAAUGGUGGAGUUACUCAUUACUCUUAAGAAGCGAGUUCUCACUCUUUUAAGUGAAUGGGAAGAUCACCCUGGUCUACAAAAAGUCCUGGAUGUGAUUGAAAUGCUUUUGGCUAUUCCUCUGUGCACCCCUUUAGCUAAGGCUCUAUCAGGAUUGCAGUUUCUGCUUAACAGGACCCGGAUUUUACUGGAAAAUGGAUCAAAGUUUUCUCUCUCUGAACAACUUGAACCCCUUAUUUCUUUGGUGUGCUCGUGGCAAAAGAUGGAGUUUGACUCUUGGCCUGUGUUGCUUGAUGAGGUUCACGACCAAUGUGAUGUAAAUGCUGCGAAGUUAUGGUUUCCGCUUUACUCUGUUCUUCAUCCAAGGCAUUCCUCUGAUUCUGCCGGACAUGAUCAGUCUACAAUUGCAAGUUUGGAGGAGUUCAUUCAAACAUCAAGCAUAGGUGAAUUCAGGAAGCGCCUUAAACUUCUUUUUGCAUUCCUGGGACAAAUAAUUAGUGGUAGAAGUCUUGGAAUAUAUUCAAGCCCUUGGCAAGAGGAAAAUAUCAAAAUUUUGUACAACAUAUUUGGAUUCUAUGUGCAGUUUUUACCGCUUGUAAUGGAGUUGAUAGAAGCUAAUAGAAAAAAAAUAGAGACUGAACUGAAAGAUCUUCUGAAGUUGUGUCGGUGGGAUCGUUUUGAGAGUCAGUUGUCCUUUGAUCACUUGAGAAAGCCUCGGCAGAAGAUCCAGAAACUAAUACAGAAGUAUAGUGAUAUGUUGCAGCACCCUAUUAUGCUUAUUCUUAAUGAAGAGGCGGGGCAGAAAGGAUUGAAAAUUGUUUCAAUGCAAAGCCCAAAGCCACUCAACAAUACCUCUGAGAGCAUUAGGAUGUUAAAUUCUGUUUUAAAUCUGACACAGUUUAAUGAUGAAUACAGGUCUCUGUGGUAUACCAACUGGGGCAAGAAAGUAAAUGACACCCUUCAAAACUUGCACCUUGAGAAGAUAACUGAAUUACAUUUUAUUAAUUCUGAAGACAUUGCAGGUGUCACCAGGCAGUUCUCCUUCUCCCAAAAUGCAUGUUUAUCUUUCCAGGAUGAGUGGAAUGGUUUGUGGCACACACUUGAAAAAAUAGGUAGAACGACUAUGGAUUGUGGUGACCUUUGGAUGGAUGUUAACAGAAGUCAAGGGAAGAAGAGGGCGUUGUCUGAGCUUCUAAAGCUUUUAGAAAGCACUGGGCUACAUAGACACAAGUUUGAAAUUAUGGAGAUAUCAAAUCCUUCAAGCUGGUUAUUCCUUCAGCCCUCGUAUGAUGCAAAGCAUUUGUUGAUGGCACGAACUAGGCUACCUAAUGGAGUUGCUGAUGUUGCUUCUAAUGUGGAAAAAUGUUUGCCGAAGGAAAAUCUGGAGUCUGAAUGGAAAAGAGUUAAUGAGUUUUACUUCAAAAGCUUGGCUGCAGUGCAGGUUCUUCAACAGAUUCGCCUGAAACAUCAUCAAGAUUUUACAUCUGAGCAGGUUAGCCGGUCGGUUUCUUAUCUUAGCCAUCUUUUAAUUAUACUACAAAUGCAAAGAGAAGCUGCCUAUGAUUUUGCCAGACAAUUAAACACUUUGCACAAAUAUGCCACUGCUCUGGAAAGUUCAUUUUCGCUUUGCACGGAUUCUUUUGGAAAGACAAAUGGAGGUUGUGUUUUUGCUAAAAGUCAACAUGCCACCUUUAACAGCUUGUGGCAACAGAAGCAACUGUUUGAUAAUCUGGACGCAAUGUUGAUUGAAGAGUCUCUGUUGCUCAGAACUGUAGAAUCUACCCAUUUGAACUCUUGUCAAAAUGUCAAAGCUGUAGCAAAUAGGGUCCUUGGUGUCAUUGAAGAAUUUAUUCCAACUUUAAAGAAAUCUAAGGAAUUAUUGGACAACUAUUUUGUUGGUUGUGAUGGAUCUAUAGUCACUUUGGCUGGUACCAUUCAUCCUUGUGUGAUUUCGGAACAGAUGGAACAAUUGGUGCUUCAUAACUUCCAAGUGCUUCAGGAGUUUGAGCAGAAGCUUUCUGUUUCUGUCAAGGGAGAUUUUGAAAAAAAUUCAAUUAUAGAGUCCGUGCUCAGUCAUUUUGGUGAAAGAUUCAAGAAGGGGAAGUUGAUCGCCGAAUGGUUUAGGAUAGCCUUUGACAAGGAGAGUGAAUGCAAAAAUCUUCAUGAGCUAGCUGGUCCUUGUGAAAAGUGUCCUGAACUUGAGGCUCAGUUUGGUGAUGCCUUCAAAAGAACAAUUACUCAUGUUAUGGACGUGUUGCAAAAGUUAGGUUCACUGGAUAACCAUGUACCUCAACCUGAAGCUCAAUCAGCGAGUAUAACAGCAUGGGAGUCCCUAUUUAAAUCUGUAAAUUUGAGAGUGGAUGAACUAUGUGAUAAGGUUCUUGAAACAAUCCAGUUCGCAGAAUAUCUGAUAAAUCAUUCUGGCAAGAAUGUUUUCAGUCUCUCUUUGCAUUGUGGAACACUCUUAAAGUGCAUACAUGCCUUGCUGGACUUAAUAUCAAGCUUUAGUGAUAGUUUCCUUGAAGACUUCUUAGUUAUGCAUAAAACAGUUUCUGUAGUUACUCAUGGACUUGCAAAUAUUUUAGCUGCAUUGUUUGCCAAAGGAUUUGGUGUUUCACCGAAAGACCAGGAAGAUGAUACCAGUCAUGAUAUGACUAGAGAUGCCAGUGGGACAGGUAUGGGGGAAGGUGCUGGGGUAAAUGAUGUCAGCGACCAGAUAAAUGAUGAAGAUCAGCUUCUUGGGGCAUCUGAAAAGCCAAGUGAAGAACAAGAUGCCUCAAAUGAUGUUCCAAGUAAGAAUGAAAAAGGAAUUGAGAUGGAGCAGGAUUUUGCUGCUGAUACAUUUAGUGUCAGUGAGGAUGACUCUGGAGAGGAUAAUGACGAAGAUACUGAGGAUCAGCAAUUGGAAUCUGCUAUGGGGGAAACUGGAGAAAAGAGUGAAGUGGUUGAUGAGAAGCUUCAGGACAAGGAUGAUGAUGAGAAUCCAAAUAACAAUGAAAAGUAUGAAUCUGGGCCUUCAGUUAGGAACAGUGACAUGAGCAGUAGGGAGUUCAGAGGCAAGGAAGAUUCUGCUGGUAAUGCUGAUGAACCUGAAGAAAAUAAAAUGAAUGAACUUGGGAAGGAAACUGGUGAGAGUGAAAAUCAGGCUGAUGUCGAUGAGAAUGAGAACAUUGAAGACAUGAACUUAAACAAAGAAGAGGCAUUUACUGAUCCAACUGGAUUGGAACUUGACGAGCUGAAUCAAAAUUCUAGUGAAGAUAUCAACAUGGAUGAAACUGAUGUUAAGGAAGAUGAUGGUGCUGACGAGGAAGAAGAAUCUGCUAAAGAUGGCACUGAUGAAGGUAACUCAAAUCCUGUUGAUGAAACUAAUGAAGAGAUGGAGAGUGAAAGACAUGAUGGAGCUGCUGAAAAGGAUGAUAUGGUGGAUGCUACUUCUGAGAAGGAUGAUCUUGGUGGCGAUCAGGAGGAUCCUGAGAUGAACCAAAUGGCUGCAAAGAAAAAUGUUUCUGAAUCGGAAAUUUCUGAUCUCAAUAGUGAUCCUGUUCCUGAUGGGGGAACUGCGACUCAGCCAAACAGUGAGGCAUUGGAUGUGAGUAAUGUUGCACCCGAAGCAAACUGGGCUAAUAGCAGUGAUGUCUACAAUGACCUUGCUCAGAGAAAUCUUCCCUCCACUAACAAGUCCGACUUGAAUAUCAUGGUUGCUGACUCAUCAGAUAGUGGGAAGUUUGGUGAUGAUCAUCCAAAAUCAGAGUUUCCUCGCCCAGAUGAUGCUCCAUUUAAGAAAAAACAAUCAAACCCUUACAGAAAUGUUGGAGAUGCCCUUCAGGAGUGGAAAGAAAGAGUCAACAUCUCUGUUGAUCUUCAGGAUGGUAAUGAGGAGUCACAGGAAGAAAUUGAGGAUGAGAAUGCUAACGAAUAUGGUUUUGUCUCUGAGUUUGAAAAAGGAACGGCUCAGGCACUGGGACCUGCUACAGCUGAGCAGAUGGAUGCUGAUGUCAAUGUCAAGAAGCCUGAUGAAAAUACUGUUUCGGAAAAGGAAGAUGGUAUCAUUGAUAUGGAAAUAGAUGAGAAAAAUCCUGAAGAGCAUCCUAUUAAGCACUCUUCCUCCGUCAUUAAAAAUAGGGAGAAGGAACAGGUUCAGGUUUCUGAGAUAGAGGAGCAAGCAAAUCAUCUAUCCCAUGGAGACUGUAGUCAUGAUGAUGGUGAUCAAAGAAACAUUUCAGAGGGCUUGAUCUCUGUAAAGAAGUCUUACUUGAGUGAGGAUGUAUAUCAACUCAACAGACUUUCAAUAGGUGAAGAGGAGAUGGGGCAAGUCCAGGACCUUGAAGAAGCUGCAGGUGAUGUAAAAAAUAAUGCAACUGCUCUUUGGAAAAGAUAUGAGCUGCUUACAACAAGACUAUCCCAUGAGUUGGCUGAACAGCUACGUCUUGUUAUGGAACCCACUCUUGCCAGCAAACUCCAAGGGGAUUAUAAGACUGGCAAAAGGAUUAACAUGAAGAAGGUCAUUCCAUACAUAGCUAGUCACUACCAGAAAGAUAAAAUAUGGCUAAGGCGAACCAAGCCAAAUAAGCGAGAUUACCAAGUUAUUAUUGCAGUUGAUGACUCUCAUAGUAUGGCAGAAAGUGGUUGUAGUGAGGUUGCUGUUAAAGCUUUAGUGACUGUUUGUCGUGCCAUGUCUCAAUUGGAAGUUGGAAAUUUGGCUGUUGCCAGCUUCGGGAAGAAAGGAAACAUAAGGUUGUUGCAUGAUUUUGAUCAACCCUUCACUGGUGAAUCAGGUGUUAAGAUGAUUUCUAGUCUGACAUUCAAACAAGAGAAUACUAUCACGGAUGAACCAGUUGUUGAUCUGUUGAGGUUUUUAAAUAAGAAGCUGGAUGCUGCAGUUACAAAUGCAAGACUUCCUUCUGGACAAAACCCUCUACAGCAACUUGUACUAAUUAUUGGGGAUGGCCGGCUACAUGAGAAGGAGAACUUGAAGCGUUGUGUUAGGGAUGUCUUAAGUAGUAAGCGAAUGGUUGCUUUCCUUAUUCUUGAUAGCCUGCAGGAAUCAAUCAUGGAUCUUCAGGAGGUAAUAACUAGUCAGGACAACAACAAUCAAUUUAAAAUCUCAGUUUCGAAAUAUCUAGAUUCUUUUCCCUUCCCAUACUACGUCGUGUUGAGGAAUAUUGAAGCACUUCCAAAGACCCUAGCUGAUUUAUUAAGACAGUGGUUCGAGCUCAUGCAGAGUUCAAGAGACUAGACACAUUUUUCGAUUGAAGGAUGGAGAUGUGGAGAGGUUGAAGGGAUCACAAAUGAGGAAAUAUCCAACAAACUGUAUAAGCUAAUUUGGGAGUUGCCUAGGAGAGACUGAAGAUGAUGAUCCAGUCCAUGUACUUUACAGGUACAAAUAUGAUAAAGACAGUUUGUAUAUGGAAGCCAGCUAGAUAAGCUUCUUUGUGAAAUUGUCAUAUCAUUUUUUUUAAUAGAAAAAAUAUAUAUAGAAACAUUAAACUGGUUAAAAUGGGUAAACCAGUUUAACAUAGGUGUAUAGUUGGAUGUUUACUACUUCGGGAAAGAAGAUAAAAGUUGUGGUCGAAAGGGCCAACCCAACCAUCCUCAACUUUUAUGGUCCAAAUGUGAGAUAUCAUACCAUUUGGUCACCAUCAUUUGGCACACAGUAUUGGUAAUUUGCAUUAAUAAAUUUACUUAUAUUGAAAUAA